AUGGAUACGAGGAAGCACCUGUGUUCCCUGGCCCGUAUGUUGCUGCCUGCCCUGGGCUUUGUCCUCAUCUGUGUGGGGGCCUACCUGAUGUCCCUCCACAAUGCCUACAACAGCUCCCUGUGUUACAUCCUGGCCUACGUCCUCAUUGCCUUUGGCUUGUGUUGCCUCCUCACCGGGGUCUUCUGGACCAUCUGCCAUGGCAUGAAGAGGAAGAGGCAGAGGAGCAGGAGCCACCACACCACUGCACACCUCCAUGUCUACACCGUUGACAGACCCAGCUUCCACCUUCCUUCAUAUGAGGAGUCUCAGCACAACCACACCUCUGCCUUCUCUGCUACUGCAGCUGCAGCUUACUCUGUGCUGGGGCUCUCUGAAGACGGCCUGAGGUUCAAUCUGGCCCCCCCUCUGUACACCCAGGACAUCUCUGAGGCCCCAGACGACACCUUCAACCAUGAAGAACCACCUGCUUACUCUGAGAUGGCCAUGCAGCUGCACAGGGAGCCACAGGGGCUUCCACAGCAACCAGAACAUUCCGGUUUGGACAGAGUUCCAUGUCCUGAGCUGGACGGUCGAUAG